AAUAGCGUAUCGUGGUUCGACGAUCAGCGGCAUUCAAGUCGUCCCAAUGUUGAUGAGCCGGGUUCUCCUACGACCACCUAAGGUUAAAGCCGGAUCAUGGACGGCUGCGAAUGCUCACAGACCUGGACAUAUGCAGAGACCUUUGAUGUCACAAAGUGCGUCUCAAGGCCAUUACGAAACAGAUGAUGGAACUUACGUCUUCACUCGAGGAUCAGUACACGACGUGGCAAAGCAGAUCCUUGCUAAGCGGCGUGCAGAGCAAGAAGCCUUCUUCGUUUGCGAUGUGCGUGACAUUGCCAAGAAGGUCGACCUCUGGCGACAGUGUCUUCCAAGAAUCAUGCCUUUCUAUGCCAUCAAAGCCUGUCGGGAUCCAAUAGUCCUCAACGUUCUCAACAGUCAUGGUGUCAGCUUUGACUGCUCCAAUAAGGGUGAGAUCAGCGCUGUGCUGAACAUGGGGGUUGAUCCAGAUCGCAUCGUGUACGCGAACACAAUAAAGAGCGUCUCGGACCUUAAAUUCGCUCAGCAAAACGGCGUCACGUUCAUGACAUUCGAUUCCGCAGAAGAGCUGGUCAAGAUCAAGGACAAACGGGCAAGGCUGCUGCUUCGAAUAGAAGCCGAUGAGACGGGUUCCCAGCAUUCAUUCAACUCCAAGUUUGGCUGUUCUUUCGAUGAAGCUAAAAGAAUCCUUCAAGAAGCUCGAAGGAGCGGAAGCAAUGUUGUCGGCUUAUCAUUUCACGUUGGCUGCGCUUAUCAGGAUCCUGUGAUCUUCGCACGCACAAUCGAACGAGCGAAAGCCAUCUUUGAUAUGGCGUCGAGCAUGGGCAAUACGAUGAGGGUUCUCGACGUUGGUGGCGGCUUUCCCGGAGGCCUGAGAAUACGCGAGAAAUUCUUUGAGGUGUGCGAGGCUAUACGCUUGGCUACAGAUCUGCACUUCCCAGUGUCCAGCGGGGUGCAAAUCAUUGCCGAGCCUGGACAGUUCUUCGUGACGUCCGCUUACGCUCUCGUCGUCCAAGUUAUUGGAAAGCGGCACCGCGAGGUUGUAUUAGACGGUUGGAGCCAAACUCAGCAGGACGUGUUCAUCAACGAAUCGAGGGACAACUGCGUGUCGCGGAACCUCUACGAUUACUUGGACGUCAAAAUCUGGCCAUUGAAGGAACCCUUGGAGAGACAGCGCGACGUCCCGACCACCGUGUGGGGCGGCACGUGCAAUCCAGUGGACUGCAUUGAAAGGAAGCCUCUUUUCACCGUAAAUGUGGGCGAGUGGUUGCUCAUGGACAAUAUCGGCGCUUACUCGCUCAGCAGGGCGUCGGGCUUCAACGGCCUACCGUAUCCGGCAGUGCACUACAUCGCGCCGCAGGAAAACGUCAGCGCACUCCUUCGAAUUUUGAACGCUUCUCCCCUGCGCAGCGGCUUUGGUCAACCAGAGGGUGUACUCAAAAGAAGCCUCCUGACGCAAUGGAGAUCAGAAGCAGCGGGCUGCGACGAGCAAGCUAAUGCAGUGCCUGUAGCGGCUCUUCCUUGCUGA